CGCCUGCCCGGCCAGCGACCUGCCCCUCCCCCGCCCGCCGCCGUCUCCCGGGAAACGGGCCGCGAUAGCCCGCUGACCCGAAGCUGGUUUCAUGGCAGCCGCGAAGAAAGCAGUUUUGGGGCCAUUGGUGGGGGCAGUGGACCAGGGCACCAGCUCAACGCGCUUUUUGGUCUUCAAUUCAAAAACAGCUGAACUACUUAGUCAUCAUCAAGUGGAAAUAAAACAAGAGUUUCCAAGAGAAGGAUGGGUGGAACAAGACCCAAAAGAAAUUCUGCAGUCUGUCUAUGAGUGUAUAGAGAAAACAUGUGAGAAACUUGGACAGCUCAAUAUUGACAUUUCCAACAUAAAAGCUAUUGGUGUCAGUAACCAGAGGGAAACCACUGUAGUCUGGGACAAGCUAACUGGAGAGCCUCUCUACAACGCUGUGGCCGCUCCAGUUUCUCCUGGCCCUUCCGAUCCGGUUGCCGUUGUCCCCUCUGGCUCUUCAGUUCCAGCUGCUGGCGCUUCCUCAGUGUGGCUUGAUCUAAGAACCCAGUCUACCGUUGAGAAUCUUAGUAAAAGAAUUCCAGGAAAUAAUAACUUUGUCAAGUCCAAGACAGGCCUUCCACUUAGCACUUACUUCAGUGCCGUGAAACUUCGUUGGCUCCUUGACAAUGUGAGAAAAGUUCAAAAGGCUGUUGAAGAGGAUAGAGCUCUUUUUGGGACCAUUGAUUCAUGGCUUAUUUGGAGUUUGACGGGAGGGGCCAACGGAGGUGUCCAUUGCACGGAUGUAACCAAUGCAAGUAGGACGAUGCUUUUCAACAUUCAUUCUCUGGAGUGGGAUAAAGAGCUCUGCGAAUUUUUUGAAAUUCCAAUGAAAGUUCUUCCAAAUGUUCGGAGUUCUUCUGAGAUCUAUGGCUUAAUGAAAGCUGGGGCCUUGGAAGGUGUGCCAAUAUCGGGGUGUUUGGGGGACCAGUCUGCUGCAUUGGUGGGACAAAUGUGCUUCCAGGACGGACAAGCCAAAAAUACGUAUGGAACAGGCUGCUUCUUACUGUGUAACACAGGCCGUAAGUGUGUGUUUUCUGAACACGGCCUUCUGACCACAGUGGCUUACAAGCUCGGCAGAGACAAGCCGGUGUAUUAUGCGUUGGAAGGUUCUGUAGCUAUAGCUGGUGCUGUUAUUCGCUGGCUAAGGGAUAAUCUUGGAAUUAUAAAGAGCUCAGAGGAAAUCGAAAAACUUGCUAAAGAAGUAGGUACUUCUUACGGCUGCUAUUUCGUCCCUGCGUUUUCAGGGCUGUAUGCGCCUUACUGGGAGCCCAGUGCCAGAGGGAUCAUCUGUGGACUCACUCAGUUCACCAAUAAAUGCCAUAUUGCUUUUGCUGCAUUAGAAGCUGUUUGUUUCCAAACCCGGGAGAUUUUGGACGCCAUGAACCGCGACUGUGGAAUACCACUCAGCCAUCUGCAGGUAGACGGAGGGAUGACCAACAACAAAAUCCUUAUGCAGCUACAAGCAGACAUUCUGUACAUCCCAGUAGUGAAGCCCUCGAUGCCCGAAACAACCGCCCUGGGAGCCGCCAUGGCAGCGGGGGCUGCGGAGGGAGUUGGUGUUUGGAGCCUCGAGCCCGAGGAUUUGUCAGCGGUUACGAUGGAGCGGUUUGAACCCCAGAUCAAUGCUGAGGAAAGUGAAAUUCGGUACUCUACAUGGAAGAAAGCUGUGAUGAAGUCAGUGGGUUGGGUUACAACUCAGUCCUCAGAAAGUGGUGACCCUAGUAUCUUCUGUAGUCUACCCUUGGGCUUUUUUAUAGUGAGUAGCAUGGUAAUGUUAAUCGGAGCAAGGUACAUCUCAGGUAUCCCAUAAAUAAUACCAACUCAUGGAGUCCAAAGACGCGAGCUCUUUGCCUAAUGAGAGAAUCCAACAAUUGUCUCUUAAUGUGAUGACACUAUUCAUAGACUCUGAUUUUAUUUAUAAGCCACUUGCUGCAUGACCCUCCAAGUAGACCUGUGGCUUGAAAUAAAGAAAAUGCAGCAGAAAGAAU